AUGACGAGUCGUGUGCGCGAUGAAAAGUUGGCGCUCGCGCGCCUCGCGUACCCGCGCGCCGAGCCGUGGAUCCUCGAGAGCGCGUGCGCGUCGCUCGACAUCGCGUCGGCGGACGUGGCGACGAUCGAGGCGACGUUGACCUCGUUCCUCGGUCCGUGCGCGUCGUCGACGGCGCUGCGGACGUGCGCGCGGGCGUUCGCCGCGGACGCGCGGCGACGCGACGGGGCCGAGGAUCUCGAUCGCGCGCGCGUGUCGACGUCGGACACCACGUCGGGGGUAGGGACGUCGAGCGGGACGACGGGCGGGCGCGAACGGGGGGGGCGCGCGCCGGCGCGGGAGACGCGCGCGGUGCGCUUCGUGGACGGACGGAGACCCGCGCGAGGGACGCGGGCGAGCUCGUGCGUGAAUUGCUUGGCGUGCGGGAAGGUGUACGACGUACGGGAGAAGGACGGGGUGACGUCGCGGAGCGCGUCGGCGUUUUUAGAGAGCGGCGGGAAGUGCGAGCACUGCGGCGAGUACGUCGAGGUCACGCUCGCCGACGGGACGACGCGGUUUCGCGGUGGUGGAGAGACGUGUGCUCAAAGGGAGGACGCGGAGGUGCGCGCGAAGAUGGGUGAGAUGUCGCUCGACGAGGACGCGGAGGCCGAGCGAGAGAGAGCCGCCGCCGUCGCCGCCAAGGACCGACUCGUACACUUCGACAAAACGAGCGCCAAGCGCACGACCGUGAUCGACGACCAAUCUGAGUGGUACGACAUCGAUGGCAACGCGUGGUUGGAUGAGGACGAAAGGGCCGAGUUGAAGCGACAGGCGCGUGAGGUGGCGGAGGCGGCGGAGGAGGCCAAACGCAAGGCGAGGACGACGUGGACGCUCGAUCUCGUCGGUCGAAAAGUCGUCGUCCCACCGAGCGCAGACGCUCUGGAUGAAGAGGCAGAAGACGACGAACGGGCCUCCGAGGACGCUCUCGCCGCCGCGCGCGCGAUUCGAACCGCUCUCGAGACGAGCGAGGCGCUGACGCAAGGCGGCGUCCUCCGCGGCGUCUCCGCCGCCGCCGAGACAGCGCGCGAGGUCGAGCGUCGAGUCUUCGUCGAUCCCAGAGUCGACGCUCGCCCCUUUUUCCUCCCCGCCGCCGCCGACCGAGAUCACCGCGCACGGGCGACCGCCGACCGCCGCGCGCGCGCCGACGCGUUUGCGCUCCGCGCCUCCGUCGCCUCGCGCGUGCUCGACGACGACCCCUUCACCGCCGUCCUCGACGAACUUCGCGACACCGGCGUCACGAGCGCGUGA